UAGUAAACAUUGACACUGAGGUCAGCUGACUCCUGCUCACAUGACUGCGAUUAGAAAAAGACUUCUGCGUUUUUCACACUGUAGCUGACAUGUUUGACUGUAUCUUGACAAGUAUAGGCUGGUUCAGUGACUGAUAGCAUCCUUCUGCUUUCGUUUUCACGGUUAGCUGCUAGUUAGCUUAGCAUUCAGAGCAUUUAGAAAGUGAUCAGCAGGUCGAGCAAAACUGUGAUUCAGACACUGAAAACGAGCUGACAGCAGGGUCUGUGAGGAUGGACAAGAUUGCUCAAGACGUGGGUGAUAUCCAGUCCAGACUGUUGGACCACAGACCGGUCAUCAAUGCAGAGAUCCGCUACAUCGUGAGAGAGUUCGAGGAGAAACGUGGACACAGGGAGAGCAGACUGCUGGAGAACCUCAAUAAAAUGGUGGUGGAAGCAAACGAUCAAAUGCUGCCCACAAAUUUAGAGCUCAUUAACCGGCAGCUGUCUGAUGUCAGUAAACGCCUGGAGGCUGCUAAUCACAUGGCAAAGAGAGUCCAGCAGAGGGAGCUAGAGGCACAGCAGAGCACCCAACUGCAGACGAACAUGGAGCGUCUUAAAGACGAGUGGGCAGAUUUCCUAAAGGAGCAGCAGAGAUUAAAGGAGAAGGUGGAUGAGGAGCACGCCAAGGAAGUGAAACAACUCAGCAGUCGGUACUGCGAAAUGAAGAAAGACUUGACCAAGUUUUCACCCCUCUAAUCAGCUGAUGUUUGUGGGGGUGUGGAGUGCACGAAUCCUCUCUCAUUACUCGAACACUUGUGUUUAUUAUGGACAUGGACGUCUACUCUGCAUGUGCAAAAUGGAGCUGAAGCAGGCUUUGCUUGAUGUACUUAGUGGUUGGCAUAAAAAGAUUUUGCUCCUGCAACAUUUUCCAAAUCAUAAAUAUGAAAGUUUGAUUAACAAUGUGGCAUUUCCACAGGCCAUCAAACUCACAAGGGUCUGUCUUAUAGCACAUGGAAUAUUCACAGCACCUAAAAGGUCUGGAACAUGUCAUUUUUUAAACAAGCAAUCAUUUGAUUGUUCCUUGGCUGUGAAGUUUUCAACAUUUCUAGUUUUUCAAUGGAUGCCUGCCUGAAGGGUCCUGGUGAUAAAUCUGCACCGGCCUCAAGCUGAAAGGAACCUGGUGUUUGGCACCGAGGCGAGAUAUUCUGAGCACUCAAAGCAAGAUCAUUAAAUGUUAGAAAAGCCCGAGCAGGUGUGUUUAAAGCACAGGUCAAGUGUUGUAGAAACAAGCUCAAACAGAACCGUUUUCCAGAACAAAUCAUCCCUCACCAGCUCUCCUGUGUUUGGAACAUUCGACCCCUGACAUUAACUUCAAGUAAACCAACUGUCUAUGAAGUAACUUUCAUUAUAAAAGGCCUUUGAUGACACCAAUUUAAAUGAUCAGCAGCAGCUGUUUUUUGUUUGCUUUGCCACCUCAAAUCUGAUUUUAAUGACUCACAAAUCCAAUAUUUUCCUUGCUGUUUGAACCGAAGGAACGUGACUCAGAUUUUGGUUCCCUGGUUUGAAUUUCUCUCUGGAUCCGUCUAGUUUUCUGUGCUUAAAAUGCACAGAAUGAUAAGCAAAAGUGUUAUUUCUAUGCAGCCUUCUCUGUCCAUUAGAUAACUUGCAUACAGAGGCGUGUGUUACAGUGUAAAUAAACAAUUUUCAAGUACAA